AUAAAGUUCAGUAUAUAGCUUAAAAUUCCAAGUUACUCUACUUUUCAAUAGGGUCGUCAAUUUGAUCUGGCGGGAAAACCGCCAAGCUACCAGCGCUGCUGGCAAUCGACGCACCUCAGCUGGCCGACGACGCAAUUCGCCAAUUGACCAAACAACAGAAGUAGAGAAGCAGAGCAAUGUUCUCCAUUUUCGGGAAGCGCAAGCCCGCCGAGACGCCCACGGAGGACCAGCCCAUCCAGGGGCCGGCGGAGGGACCCCGACCCGGCAGCAGCGGCGACGACUUCGUGUUCAUAGAGCGGAGGCCCGGACCGGAUGCUCCUCCGCCGUCCGCAGCCUCCGUUUCCGGCGCCAUGUACCCGCCCAUGCCGCCGGCGGGCUACCUGCCCUACCCGCCGAUGCCAGGACCCAGGGGCGGCGGCCCGCCACCCGGAGCCGCAGCUGCGACGAAGCUGCCCGGCGCCCAAGGACCCGUCAACUACUUGCAGGACAUUCCCUUCGAGCUGGCGCCCGGCCUGGCCACCAAGGACCGCUACGCCAGCACCCAGAUGCAGGUGGACAGCAUCCUGGCGCUGCUCACGCGCCAGCUGUCCGUGGACGAGCUAGCCGAGGAGUACACGUUCGCCCUGGAGAGGUCCGUGCAGAACGAGUGCUACUAGCCGCAGUCCGUGGUUCCACUGGUUGUUGUAAUAAAUCGUUGCCUGUUUAAUUGUAAACAUUCGGGAAUGUCUGUACCACGCUCGUUACCCUACGUAUCUCAUAAGAUCCCAUGAGUAUUCCACAGUCCACAGUUAAACAUGUUUUAGGGGACUCCCCGCCCUGCAAGCACACAUUGUUGAAUCAUAAGGUCUUAUUGCAGAUAAGUAGUUUGAGAUUUCCCCAAACUCGCGGAGUCUUACGCAGUCUAUCUUUGUAGCCUGAUCCCAAAUGUUUGUAAGGUUUCGUACCUAGUUUCACUCAACUUUUAAUUUAAAUUAAUGUAAAACCAUCCUUUCAGCCAAUGUAGUGCCAUGCUUUCGGCUAAUAUCUGACCUAUAUUGUUGCUAAAAUUUGGUAUUAUAAUUAUUAAAUAAAUAAUGUGUAUUUUCUGAAAGAGUA